AUGAAAAACGAGAUGGUGAAUGUAAAUGCUUGGUUAAACUACGUAAGUCUUUUGUUUAUUUUGGAAUUUAGGUAUAAAAAGAUGAGAAGAUGUUACGUUGUGUAAUAGAGAUGUUAAUUUAGAUAGGAAUUGAAAUUUUAGGGGUGGAGCGACUAUAAAUUGAGAUGGGAUCCAUUAGAAUAUGGGAAUAUUACUGAUCUUCGAUUUCCGGUCGAUAUGGUGUGGAAACCUGGUAUGUUUUUGAUGUGAAUUUUGUUUUAGGUAUUCUUCAUGAUGUUAUCUAUCAUUUUUACUCAUCCGUCACUAUCUCUAUUGCUAAAAAAGCGUUUUAUGCAUAAUAUUAUGUUACCCUUUAGAUGUGUUAUUGUAUAACAGUGUUGACACGACGUUUGACUCGACUUUUCCCUCAAAUGUGAUCGUGUCUCAUACUGGAGAUGUUGUAUGGAUACCACCGGGCAUUUUUAAGAUAUCAUGCAAGAUCAACAUACGAUUCUUUCCAUUCGACGAACAAAAAUGUAGUUUCAAGUUCGGUUCGUGGUCGUAUAGUGGAAAUAGGUUGGAUUUACAGCCUUCUGAAGGCGGCUUCGAUGUUAGCGAAUAUAUUGCAAAUGGCGAAUGGACUAUUAAAGGUAUGGAAAGGGAUGUAAUGUUACGAAUUGAGAAGAAUAUAAUGUUAAGAAUGACAUUUUUUUAAAAGAAGCAAAUAUUAAGGAUGGAGGGAUGAAUAACUUGAAAUUUAGAGACAAAAGUGUCCAGAAAUGAAAAAUAUUAUGAAUGUUGUCCAAACGAUCCAUAUCUUGAUCUCACUUUUUCUUUGGAGCUUCGUCGUCGAACUUUAUAUUAUGGUUUCAAUCUUAUCAUGCCUGGGAUGUUAACCACGACCAUGACUUUGCUCGGGUUUAGUUUGCCUCCUGAUGCUGGUGAAAAAAUUACUCUUCGUGGGUUUAUAUUGUUGUAUGGUUUUUGUUUGAGGUGCUCUGAGCCUUUAUUGUUUUGAAUUUGUAUUUGUUUUUUAUUUUUGUUACUUUUUCUAAGUCUUGAUGUUGUUAUAGGACUCUUUGUUGGGUCGGAGACCUUGUUGUGCUUAUAGAUUUAUCUUGUGUCGUGGAGCUUCUUUACAGUAAUCAAAACUCUUACAGAGAUCACAGUGAUGUUAUCCAUAUGUUUCUUCCUUACAAUGUUAUCAGAGAUGUCGCCUCCGACUUCUGAAGCUGUUCCCUUGCUAGGAGUGUUCUUCUCGAGCUGUUUGAUUGUGGUGACAUUAUCGACCAUGUUUACUGUUUAUGUGUUGAACUUACACUACAGUAAUUCUAAUGUCCAGAAAAUGGGACCAUUGGUAGGGAUGUUGAUAUUGUGGGUGUGUUAUGGUUGGAAGUAUGGAUGUUCUUCAUAUUGUUGGCUGUGGAGUAGGCAUUGUGAAUGUUUGUCUUGAUAUUAAGUUACUAUUUUGGGGUGGUCUUGCUGUUUAGAAGUUAGGUAUUGUUGUUCUUGCUGUAAAACUAGAUAUUGUGGAUGUUGUGGUAGCUGUAUUAGUGUGUUUUGCUUGUUUUAGGUAAAUGUUUUGGCUUUCUUUGGUCAAUUUAUUAAAAAUUUGCCAAACUAUAUUAUUGUAGACAAGAAAGCUCCUUCUAAAAUGGAUUCCAUACUUUUUGCGGAUGAAAAGGCCUGGGAUGGACCUUAGAUGGCGUGAUUUACCUCCUUUGUUUGGUGAUUCUAAAGAGAAGUCGACUAGUCAACUGAUUAGAAAUGUCAUUUCUAUUGAAAAAGGGUCAAGGUAAAGUUGUUUUGUAUUUUAAAGUUGUAAAAUGAGGUACUUUAAGUUAUGAAAUUAGAUAAUUUCUAUAUUUUAAUUUAAAUCCGCUGUUUCAACCAUUUUUUCAAUGCAUUAAUGAAAUGAUCAUAUUUUACAUCAUCGAAUAAACUUUUAGUGAAACUAUAGCUUCUGGCCAUCUUUUAAGGUCUCUAUCGUUGAAAAAUAAGGCAAGUAUAAGGUCAUCGUUCGAUGUUAUUGAUAACUUAUUGGGUAAUGGAGGAUCUGCUGUCACUGGAAAUAUGAUUCAGUGUUUGCAAGGGAUUCUGGAUGAUAUUACUGUAUGUUUAGGAACCUGUUUCUUUAAAGUUUUGGGCUUAAAAGUUUGGAACUUAUGAGUAGGGCUUAUACGUGAUAUAAGCACUACUCAUAAGGAUGUUACAGAUGCUAACAACUAAAAUAACAAAAGAAGAUGAAGACAAGAAAGAAGCACAGAACUGGAAGUUUGCUGCUUUAGUCGUGGACAAGUUGUGUUUCCAUCUAUUCACGUUUUUCAUAUUUGGAACGACCAUCGGGGUCAUGAUGGCAGCACCGUAUUUGGUGGCAUAA